AUGAGCUCUCUCAAAAGGAAAGACCCCCCUGGGGCAUCCGCUUCAAAGUCUUCCAAACCGCAGGCCGAAUCUCGACCGUCGAAACGACCCAAAUCCGACAAGACCUCUACGAAAAGCGAUACGAAACCCAGCACAAAGUCGAAGCUGCCUAGUGCCCCUGUCACGUCACGUCUGAGAGAGGAGGAGCCCUUGUUUCCUCGUGGAGGCGGUAGCGUGCUCACCCCCCUCGAGCAUAAGCAGAUCUCGAUUCAGGCGAAGCAGGAUGUCCUCUUCGAGCAAGGUACGGGACAGGCCGCGAGAGGGGCAGACCAGCCGUCGAGGAAGAAAAGAAAGCUCCGGGUGUCACGCGCAGAAAAACCCACGCCGGUCCACCGUGAGGCAGGCGCCAAGAUCGAGAGCCUCAACUACAAGCGUCUUGUCAAAGGCUCCCUAGUCCUCGGCCAAGUCGCCGAGAUCAACACGCUCGAGCUCGCCCUUGCUCUGCCAAACAACCUCACCGGUCACGUACCAAUCACAGCCAUCAGCGAUGUCCUGAACGACAGGAUAGCCGCCGAAGCAGCCGAUGAUGGCGAGGAGGACGCCGAAGAGGAUGCCAGGGGGGACAGGCUUGAGUUGAAGGCUCUCUUCAAAGUCGGACAAUAUCUUCGUGCCUAUGUUACCUCCACUAUUGAAGAGUCGGCUACACCCUCGACUAAGCCCAGGAGACACAUCGAACUGUCAUUGCGCCCGGACCUCGCCAACACCGGUCUGUCGUGCCAAGACGUAGUAACAAACUGCACCAUCAUGUCAACUAUUGUCAGCGCCGAAGACCACGGCUUCGUCAUGGAAUUCCAACUCUCCGACUCUGACCUGCGAGGGUUUCUCCCCCGUAAGGAGGUUGCCGAGGACAUCCACGAAUCCCAGUUGCAACCCGGGGGUGUCCUUCUGUGCCUCGUUACGGGCAAGAGCACCAAUGGCAAAGUUGCGCAGUUGACCACCCUCUCAAGCAAAAUCGGAAGGGUUCAGAACUUUGCGUCUACAGCGACGACGAUCAAUACCUUCUUACCAGGAUCGUCUGUGGAAUUGAUGGUAUCCGAAAUCACCAAGCGCGGAGUAUUAGGCAAGGUCAUGGGUUCUUUGGACGUCACGGCUGACCUUGUCCAUUCAGGUCUUGGUCCGCAGGUCGCGGAUCUGGAGUCUCGGUACAAAGUUGGCAAGAAGUACAAGGCUCGAGUGAUCUGCAACUUUCCCACGGCUAAGGAUCCGAAACUUGGCAUCUCUCUACUCGAUCAUGUGUUGGGUCUACGGUCGAAGCUGACAGCUUCAAGUACGUCGCCUUUGGACGCUCUUCCCAUUUCUUCGGUAGUAGAGCAGUGUACGGUUACCAAGGUCGAUCCAGAAAUCGGCUUAUUCGUCGAUCUAGGUGUUGACGGCGUGUCUGGGUUUGUGCACAUCUCUAGAGUCAAGGACGGCAAGGUCGACUCACUCUCCGAGUCGUCAGGCCCUUUCAAGACAGGCUCCGUGCAUCGCGGCCGGAUCGUGGGGUACAACGCCCUCGAUGGGAUGUUCCAGCUGUCAUUCGAGAAACACGUCCUAGAACAGCCAUUUUUGCGGAUCGAAGACAUCCCCAUUGGCGAAGUUGUGAAUGGUGAGAUCGAGAAGUUGAUGGUGGACCAAAAUGGUGUCAGUGGUCUGCUUGUUAGGCUCGCAGAAGGCAUCGUUGGAUUUGUGCCGGAAAUGCAUCUAGCAGAUGUUCGGCUGCAGCAUCCGGAGAAGAAAUUUCGAGAAGGACUCAAGGUCAAAGCCCGCGUGCUUUCCACCGACUUGACCAAACGGAGAGUCAAACUCACAUUAAAGAAAACCCUCGUCAACUCCGAUGCGAUCCCCCUGAAGUCCCUCGAAGAAGCUGUCGUGGGGACGCAGAUCCCAGGCACUAUCAUCAAGGUGUUCCCCGGCGGUGCCAUCGUACAAUUCUAUGGCCCCCUCCAAGGAUUCUUGCCGGUCUCAGAAAUGAGCGAGGCCUAUAUUAAAGACCCGAAGGAGCACUUCCGAGCAGGACAAGUUGUCAACGUCCACAUCUUGAAUUUUGACAUCGAGGCAAAUAAGCUUUUCGUCUCCUGCAAAGACCCGUCUGCUUUUGGCCUUGAUAAGCAGGCGGCACUCAAGAAGCUCAAGUUUGGGGAUAUUGUCGCCGCUAAAGUCGCGCAGAAAACGGAAGACGACGUCUUUGUUGAAUUGGUCGAUAGCUCGCUAAAAGCCAUCAUAUCCGUAUGGCAACUAGCCGAUCGACCUGGCAAAUGCCAAUCCGCCCUAAAGCGAAUUCGCGUGGGACAAACCCUUAAUGACCUUGUCGUCCUGGACAAGAACGAGGGCCGCCGGUUCAUCGCCCUGACGAAGAAGCCUAGUUUUGUCAAAGCUAGCCGGGAUGGCAAGCUCCUCACUUCAUUGGAGGAGGCUAAAGUCGGCGAGCCUCGACAAGGCUUCGUGAGAAACAUUACGAGCACGGCAGUCUUCGUUCAAUUUUGCGGUCUGCUUACCGCGUUGCUGCCCAAAUCGAAGUUGCCUCGAGAAGAUCAGGAGAAAACAGACUUCGGGUUGGAAAAAUAUGACCCGAUCCUCGUCAAGAUUGAUUCGAUCGACAAGGAUCACCGCAGAAUCGUCGUUUCCUCCUCGUUGUUGGAGGAGAGGGAAAAGGAUUCGCGACCCAGUGCUUCCUCUGCUGCGGCAAACAACGUCGAGAACUUAGUAGGCGGAACGAUCUCGUCGAUGGACGUAUCCAUUGGCAAAAUUACCAAGGCUAAGAUCGUGUCGAUCAAGAGCACACAGCUCAAUGUCAAGCUGUUCGAUAGCUUUCAGGGUCGUGUAGACGUGUCUCAGGUGUUUGAUUCUUGGGAUAAGAUACCUGAUCACAAGGCUCCACUGAGCUGCUUCCGCGUGAACAGCACAAUCACGGUUCGAGUUUUGGGUGUCCACGAUGCUCGAAACCACCGUUACCUCCCCAUAACACACCGGUCGGCUAACUCGGUCCUGGAGUUGUCCGCGAAGCCAAGCGAUACAAAGGGCGAAAAUUCUACGGCAUUGUCACUUGAGGAACUCGAAAUAGGCUCUUUCCAUAUAGGCUUUGUCAACAACAUCGAGAAAUCGACACUUUGGGUCACCCUUUCGCCUACUAUUCGAGGCAGGAUCACCGCCUUGGAAAUAUCCGACGAUGUAUCUCAGCUUGAGAAACUCGAAUCAAAUUUUCCGAUUGGAUCCGCCUUACGAGUACGCGUGCUAGCGGUUAAUGCGGCCGAACGCCGUCUUGACCUUUCGGCACGCCCUCGCAACUCGUCACCGAAUCUCACGUGGGAUACCGUGAAGCAGAACAUGGUCCUCCCCGGCUGGAUUAAGAAAGUCGACGAGCGGCAGGUCAUAGUGCAACUCAGCAGCGUUGUUUCGGGGCCGGUUCAUCUCAUCGAUCUCAGUGAUGAUUACAGUGAGGCGAAUACAUUGCCCUAUACUAAGAACGACACAAUCCGAGUUUCGGUUGUCGAUGUCGAUAAUAGCAACAAGAAGAUCCGGCUCUCAACCCGUCACUCAAGAGUACUGAACUCCUCGGUGCCUGUCAAGGACCGUGAGAUCACUGGAGUAUCCGAAGUCAGCGUAGGAGACGUGAUUCGAGGUUUCGUGAAAAACGUUUCUGAUAAGGGGCUUUUCGUGCGUCUCGGCGGAGAUGUUACAGCGAUGGUCAAAAUUCGCGAUCUUUCGGACAAAUUCCUUACAGACUGGAAGGAUGAAUACCAGGUUGAUCAGCUCGUUAAAGGCCGAAUAGUGUCCAUCGACUCAGACAUAGGCCACGUACAAAUGAGCCUCAAGGCUUCGGUCGUUGACAAGGAAUUCGUGCCGCUCAUAAAUUAUGAGGACCUGCGCGAAGGCCAGAUCGUCACGGGAAAGGUCAGAAAAGUAGAAGAAUUUGGCGCAUUCAUCGUGGUUGAUGGUUCGGCAAAUGUCAGCGGGUUGUGUCACCGCAGCGAGAUGGCUGAGAAGCUCGUCCGCGAUGCACGAAAGCUAUUCAGUGAAGGCGACGUAGUCAAAGCAAUCGUCCUGGAGGUUGAUAAAUCAAAAAGGCGAAUUAGCUUCGGUCUAAAACCCUCGUACUUUGAGGACGCCGGCCAAGAUACGGAUGCUGAGGGCGGUGACGAAGAUGAAGAUAAUGCUGGCACCGCACUGUUGGGCAACGGUGAAGAUAACGACGAUGAGAUGGCGGAUGCGGAAGAUUCUCUACCUAUCGUAAGAACUGCUCACGACCCAGAUGAAGGAUUAGAAGACGAAGAUAGCGAGAUGGUAGACAGAGAGGAUGCCACGAUUGCUCCGCUCGAUGUCGGUGGGUUUGACUGGUCCGCCGAUGCGCUUGACAAGCUAGACGUGGCAGACGAGGAGAUAGACGAGGAUGUGGGUGCCGCCGAAAAGAAAAAGAAGCGGCGGAAGCCCCAGAUCGAGGUGGAUAGGAGCGGUGAUCUGGAUGCAUUUGGCCCGAGGACAGCUGUCGAUUACGAGCAGCUCCUCAAUCGGCAGCCGAAUUCUUCCGCGUUAUGGAUCGAGUACAUGGCCCUCCAGAUGCAAGUCAGCGAGCUCGUAAAAGCCCGCGAAGUUGCCGAGCGCGCCGUGGCGACUAUCAGCAGCUCCGAGGAGACGGAGAAGCUCAACGCUUGGGUCGCGUAUCUGAAUCUCGAAGUUCGGUUCGGAACCGAAGAGAGCGUCGGCGAAGUCUUCAAGCGCGCCUGCCAGGUCAACGACCAGGAGGAAGUGUACCAGCGCCUGGCCAGCAUUUACAUCCAGGAAGACAAGACGGAGAAAACGGACGAGCUCUUCCAAGCGCUGGUCAAGAAGUUCGGGGCGCAGUCGCCCAAGGUGUGGUACAACUACGCGCACUGGCUGCACGCGGUGCGGAACGAGCCGGCGCGGGCGCGGGCGCUGCUGCCGCGGGCGACGCAGGCGCUGCCGCCCCGGAUGCGGCUGGGGGUGAUGGCGCGGUUCGCGGGGCUCGAGUUCACGUCGGCGCACCGGAACCCGGAGCUGGGGCGGACCAUGUUCGAGGGCCUGCUGGCGACGUUCCCGCGGCGGUUCGACCUGUGGACCCGGCUGCUCGAGCUCGAGGCCGCGGCGCCCGGCGGCGCCGACCCGGCCGCCGUGCGCGACGUGUUCGAGCGCGCGGCGCGCGCGCAGGGGCUCAAGCCCCGCGCCGCCAAGAAGUGGUUCCGCCGCUGGGCCGACUGGGAGGAGCGCCACGGCGACGCGCGCUCCCGCGAGCGCGUCAGCGCCCGCGCCGCCGAGUGGGUGCGGGACCGGGCCGAGGCGCAGGCGGCUAGGGCCGAGGAGGGCGGAGGGGAGCAGGGAGAGGAGCAGGGAGAGGAGCAGGGAGAGGAGGACGACGAUGACGACGACGACGACGACGACGACGAAGAUGAUGAGUAG